AAGGGUCUUUACACGACUGAUCUGUAUCUUCUCAAUGUUGAAAACAUUUCGUAUGUUAUGCUGAAAGAUACCUGUCCAAUAACUCUCCACAAACCAAAAGACAAAACUGUCCCUAGCUUUUACGUGACAGCAACCGAUCAUUUGGACAUCUGCACGGAAUUCACAGACGUUAUACUGACCUGGUACGUCAAUACCAAGGAGGAGGAAGACUUAAAGGAUAUUAGUUGCUAUCAAAACAAAGAACAAUUUUGCAGUGGAACGCGAGCCCCUGGGACGGCCGACAAAAGCAAAUGUGCCAUUCGGAAAGUUGGUGGGAUGAUAAUGGCAAAAUACAGGUUUAAAAAACCACCUGACCGCUUCGGAUUCUACUACUGCUACCUAGACAAGGAAAUGAUCAAAGCCCAGACCUUCAUCGUCGACUGGAUAAGUGAGUUUACGGUGUAUAUUGUACAAUAUUGA